UCAAGACACAUUUGCAUGACAUGAUCAUUGUUACCGAGAUGAUUGGAUCCAUUGUUGGUGUCUACGAUGGAAAAACCUUCAACCAGUUCUCAAUCCCAUACAAGCCAGUCAAGCACGGUCGCCCCGGUAUUGGUGCCACCCACUCUUUCAGGUUUAUUCCACUCAAGUAA